UCAUCAUUCGUCAUAUAUAACUUAUUACUUCUUUCUUUCUCCCUUCCCUUCCCAAUCUCCAUCCAUCCUCCACAUUCAUCCACCAUGUCUCUCAAGAAAGAUACCUUCCCCGCCUCCGUCGCCUUCGACGUGAUCAACCAAACGCUGCAGGCUGAUGCCGCCGAGCGCAAGGACGCCGUCGACAAGGCCAAGGCCAUCGUCUCCUUCAACCUGAAGAACGAGAAGGGUGAGGAGGCCAGCUGGUAUCUCGACCUGAAGAACAAGGGCGAGGUUGGCCAGGGUGCCGCCCCCGCUGGUGCCAAGGCUGACGUCACCCUUUCCCUCUCCGACGCAGACUUCGCCUCCCUUGUCGCUGGCAAGGCCAACGCCCAGCGUCUGUUCAUGGGCGGUAAGCUCAAGAUCAAGGGCAACAUCAUGAAGGCUACCAAGAUGGAGCCUAUCCUGAAGAAGGCUCAGGGCAAGGCCAAGCUGUAAAUAUUAGAUACCCUGUUUUUUGACAACUUUACAUUAAAAAUAUUCCUGGGGUAACGCCUUGACA